GGGGAGGUGGAGGAGGAGGAGGAGGAGCCGCCGAGCAGCCGCCGGAGGACCACAGCUCGCCAAGGCUGCGGAGGACUGAACGGCCCCACGCCUGCCGCCCCGCGCCCCCGACCGCCAGCAUGAUCGCCGCGCAGCUCCUGGCCUAUUACUUCACGGAGCUGAAGGAUGACCAAGUCAAAAAGAUUGACAAGUAUCUCUAUGCCAUGCGGCUGUCCGAUGAAACUCUCAUAGAUAUCAUGACUCGCUUCAAGAAGGAGAUGAAGAAUGGCCUCUCCCGGGAUUUUAAUCCAACAGCCACAGUCAAGAUGUUGCCAACAUUCGUAAGAUCCAUUCCCGAUGGCUCUGAAAAGGGAGAUUUCAUUGCCCUGGAUCUUGGUGGGUCUUCCUUUCGAAUUCUCCGGGUGCAAGUGAAUCAUGAGAAAAACCAGAAUGUUCACAUGGAGUCCGAGGUUUAUGACACCCCAGAGAACAUCGUGCACGGCAGUGGAAGCCAGCUUUUUGAUCAUGUUGCUGAGUGCCUGGGAGAUUUCAUGGAGAAAAGGAAGAUCAAGGACAAGAAGUUACCUGUGGGAUUCACAUUUUCUUUUCCUUGCCAACAAUCCAAAAUAGAUGAGGCCAUCCUGAUCACCUGGACAAAGCGAUUUAAAGCAAGUGGAGUGGAAGGAGCGGAUGUGGUCAAACUGCUUAACAAAGCCAUCAAAAAGCGAGGGGACUAUGAUGCCAACAUCGUAGCUGUGGUGAAUGACACAGUGGGCACCAUGAUGACCUGUGGCUAUGACGACCAGCAGUGUGAAGUCGGCCUGAUCAUCGGUACUGGCACCAAUGCUUGCUACAUGGAGGAACUGAGGCACAUUGAUCUGGUGGAAGGAGACGAGGGGAGGAUGUGUAUCAACACGGAAUGGGGAGCCUUUGGAGACGAUGGAUCAUUAGAAGACAUCCGGACAGAGUUUGACCGGGAGAUAGAUCGGGGAUCCCUCAACCCUGGAAAACAGCUGUUUGAGAAGAUGGUCAGUGGCAUGUACUUGGGAGAGCUGGUUCGACUGAUCCUGGUCAAGAUGGCCAAGGAGGGCCUCUUGUUUGAAGGGCGGAUCACCCCGGAGCUGCUCACCAGAGGGAAGUUUAACACCAGUGAUGUGUCAGCCAUCGAAAAGAAUAAGGAAGGCCUCCACAAUGCCAAAGAAAUCCUGACCCGCCUGGGAGUGGAGCCGUCCGAUGAUGACUGUGUCUCGGUCCAGCACGUUUGCACCAUUGUCUCGUUUCGCUCAGCCAACCUGGUGGCUGCCACGCUGGGCGCCAUCUUGAACCGCCUGCGUGAUAACAAGGGCACACCCAGGCUUCGGACCACGGUUGGUGUCGAUGGAUCUCUUUACAAGACGCACCCACAGUAUUCCCGGCGUUUCCACAAGACUCUGAGGCGCUUGGUGCCGGACUCUGAUGUGCGCUUCCUCCUCUCGGAGAGUGGCAGCGGCAAGGGGGCUGCCAUGGUGACGGCGGUGGCCUACCGCUUGGCCGAGCAGCACCGGCAAAUAGAGGAGACCCUGGCUCAUUUCCACCUCACCAAGGACAUGCUGCUGGAGGUGAAGAAGAGGAUGAGGGCCGAGAUGGAGCUGGGGCUGAGGAAGCAGACGCACAACAAUGCCGUGGUUAAGAUGCUGCCCUCCUUCGUCCGGAGUACCCCUGACGGGACCGAGAAUGGUGACUUCUUGGCCCUGGAUCUUGGAGGAACCAAUUUCCGUGUGCUGCUGGUGAAAAUCCGUAGUGGGAAAAAGAGAACGGUGGAAAUGCACAACAAGAUCUACGCCAUUCCUAUUGAAAUCAUGCAGGGCACUGGGGAAGAGCUGUUUGAUCACAUUGUCUCCUGCAUCUCUGACUUCCUGGACUACAUGGGAAUCAAAGGCCCUAGGAUGCCUCUGGGCUUCACGUUCUCAUUUCCCUGCCAGCAGACGAGUCUGGACGCGGGAAUCUUGAUCACGUGGACAAAGGGUUUUAAGGCAACAGACUGCGUGGGCCAUGAUGUAGCCACCUUACUAAGGGAUGCGAUAAAAAGGAGAGAGGUAACUAUUAAAAUAAUGUUUUUAAACAUCUUUACUGUUUUAGGAGUUUCUAAAACGUGUGUUUGCCUGUUGUAAA